AUGGAGAACACACCACCACCAAGACCCAUCUCGGCCGGCGCAGCCAACGGUCAGAUCAUCCCCGUUACCGCGCCUGCGCCUGCGCCCGCGGCCGCGCACACCCAGAACCGCAAACGCAGCGGCUCGGGCGGCGGCAUCCUAUCAAAGUUUCCCUUCAUGCGCACCGCCGAAAGCAAGUCCAACCUCAGGGACGCGCGCCACAUCGACAUUGCCCAAGACGCCUUGAACCGACCUCCCCGCCCCGACGCUUCCUCCCCCGACCAUCAGCAGCCUUUGAAGGAGCAACAGCAACAGCAGCAGCAGCAGCAGACGCGGAGGCGGAAGGGCUCGUUGCGCAAGGUCGCCCUGCUUGGUCGCGGCGCCCAGAGGGACAGGAGAGAGCCGAGGCCGCUGGACAUUGACACCGCCGCGACGUCGCAGCCGACCCAGGCCCCGCCCCCCGCCAAGGGCGGCAUCGUGACGACGGCGAGCGAGCUUGUCCUGAGCCCGGCUCCCAUGGACUCGCCCGGCCUCGGCCUGGGCAUAUCGGACGUCACGCCGCGCCCCUCCAUGGACGGCUACGCCCGCCGGGCAGAGAUGCCCACACACCCGCCCCCUCCAGUGCCCUCAGUCGAGCCUCAGAUGACGAGUCCUUCGAUAUCAUACACAUCGACUACAGACGAGGAAGAUAUCCUGUCUAUAAAACAACACAACCCGUCGCCUCUACGGCCAGGUCUGGCGUCUCUCUCGUCCGGCUCCGAAUCGUACUUCAAGCCGGCCCGCGCCCCGUCGCUGUCGCUACAGCGGCGGAGAUCCAUCAAGCAUGCGAAAUCACCGCUUUCUCUACAGGGGCUCAGCCCAUCCCCACUACCGGUACCCGUGGAAGAGUAUGACUACAGCGAAACGGAAUGGUGGGGCUGGGUGAUACUGAUCGUCACGUGGGUUGUCUUCGUGACCGGCAUGGGGAGCUGCCUGGGAGUAUGGAGCUGGGCGUGGGACGUUGGCACGACGCCGUAUGCACCCCCCGAGUUUGAGGACGAUCCAACUUUGCCCAUUGUGGGUUAUUACCCGAGCUUGCUGAUUUUGACUUGCAUCAUGGCUUGGGUGUGGGUUGUCACGGCGUGGGUUGGCAUGAAAUAUUUCAGGCAUGCCAAAAUAAGUGGCGACUGA